AUGGUCUUCUCAGACCCCGGUACGCUGGCCGGGAGAGGGCGGGUGGCAGCGGCCGGGGUGCUGCAGUACCCGGCUGGCCGGGCUCUGGGCUGCGCGGGAACGUACCGCCCGGCUGGGGAGAAGCUCAGCGCGGCUGAUUUCCAUCGGCUCACUGCCGCGCUCCCCCCGUCGCGACUUUGCUCGACGACACACUUUGGAGGGGCACGCGGGACGUCCCGCGUGGAGAAGACUCGGAGCUGGCGCCCCUGCGCAGCCUCCGCGGAGGAGCGGGAGGAGGAGAAUGAGGACGCUUUGCCCCUGAGUUACGACACUGGGAGGAUAAAUGAGCAGGGAAGAGAAUGCCGUGCUGUUGCUCCUGAGCAGCUGAUGAGGAAUAGUUUGCACAGAGUAGUGAAUACACUCAGAUACUGCUUCUUUGCCAUUCCGAUUCUCAGUCUUUCACUUCCAUUUGUUUUCUACACCGUUAAUGCGCAUGCACAAAAAUAUCUUAUGAGGCUGAACUUCUCAGUGAGUUCAAUUUUAGUACAAGCCUGUAAAGCACUUUAUGAAGUCAAGGUGUCCUUUCUGAAGGAAAAUGCUUUAAAAAAAUCAUUCAGAGAAUCUAAUUGCACAGAGCACAUAAUAUAGAACCACUACAUCACCUGUGCCCUCUCGGCUGAAGAGGCUGUGUUCCUUGUUGCCUACAUCAUGACACUGCACAAAGAGUUCAAGACCUUCAAGUGGCUCUUCAGGGAGCUGUACAUGCCCCAAAAUGUCUACUGCGUCCACAUGGAUGCCAAGUCACCAUUUCUUUUCUGGAGGGUGCUGCAGCACCUGAUGGGCUGCUUUGCCAAUACCUUUCUCACCUCCCAGGCAGAAAGGAAGGUCUGUGUCAGCAUCUCCCAGCUGUGGGCUGCUCACUGCACGAGAGACCUUCUGGCCUUGUUUGUGCCCUGCAGUGAUGUGUGCAAGCUACCCCUGUCACAUAACCUGACCAUCUACCUUGGAUCUGUGUACAUGGCUGUCACCUGACCUUUUGGGGAGUUUGUGCUCUAGGACCAGCACAUCCUCGAUCUGCUGGUGUUGUCCAGGGACAACUACAGCCCUGACAAGCUCUGGGUAAUGCUCAACAGGAUCCCAGAUAGGAAAUCAAGUCUGGGCUGA